GGGCUGGAUGGGGGCCCUGAGUUGAAAGGGGUGGCCCUGGGGCCGGGCUGCGUUACCAACUCACCCGUUUGUUUCACUCCCUGGGCUCACUCUCCCCUGAGGUCCUCACCUCUGUGGCUCUUUUGCCUAACUUUCUCAAACUAAGCCCGAACCCCUCUCAGAAAGCUCCAACCUCAUGUAAACCCCAUGACUCUGUAGAACCUGCAUGAGGCGUAGUUUCCCUGCCCCCUUCCAGUUGUGCCUGCCCCUCACUGCCCUCUCCGCACACAGAUUCUCUGUCCACCAGGCCAGGGAUGUGGGCGGGGGCUGGGGAGCGGCCAGAGUCGGAAUGAAAGGGCCUUUUUCUUCCACAGCUGGGAAAACAGCUGCCACCAAAGCAAGACUGGACACUCUGUGCCCAGAGCCCCCUCUGCAGCUGGCCUUUCCUCCUGGGACCCCACUCAUCCUUAAUUUGCUUUCCUUUUCUCCCCUGCCUGGCUCCCAGCAGGGCCCCGGAGCAGCAGUAGGCAAGGAAAAUUUGUCACAGCAGCCAGAGGGGUCUAACAGGAGUGUAGAGGGAUACGGGUAGCCUCUGCCCUCUGCCCAAGAGCUGUCCACCUCUUUCAAGACUAAGGGAACAGUGAGAGGAGGAACUGUAGGACAGUGUGGUGCCUGUCUGUCUCCCCUCUGGAGGGGUCAAGGGAAAGGGCACCAGGGGGCACAGAGAUGCAGGACAGAUUGCACAUCCUGGAGGACCUGAAUAUGCUCUACAUUCGGCAGAUGGCACUCAGCCUGGAGGACACAGAGUUGCAGAGGAAGCUAGACCAUGAGAUCCGGAUGAGAGAAGGGGCCUGUAAGCUGCUGGCAGCCUGCUCCCAGCGAGAGCAGGCUCUGGAGGCCACCAAGAGCCUGCUAGUGUGCAACAGCCGUAUCCUCAGCUACAUGGGUGAGCUGCAGCGGCGCAAGGAGGCGCAGGUGCUGGGAAAGACAGGCCGGAGGCCUUCUGACAGUGGCCCGCCCGCUGAGCGCUCCCCCUGCCACGGCCGGGUCUGCAUCUCCGACCUCCGGAUUCCACUCAUGUGGAAGGACACAGAAUAUUUCAAGAACAAAGGUGACUUGCACCGCUGGGCUGUGUUCCUGCUGCUGCAGCUGGGAGAACACAUCCAGGACACAGAGAUGAUCCUGGUGGACAGGACACUCACAGACAUCUCCUUUCAGAGCAAUGUCCUCUUCACUGAGGCGGGGCCAGACUUUGAACUGCGGUUAGAGCUGUAUGGGGCCUGUGUGGAAGAAGAGGGGGCCCUGACUGGCGCCCCCAAGAGGCUUGCCACCAAACUCAGCAGCUCCCUGGGCCGCUCCUCAGGGAGGCGUGUCCGGGCAUCGCUGGACAGUGCUGGGGGUUCAGGGAGCAGUCCCAUCUUGCUCCCCACUCCAGCUGUGAGUGGUCCUCGGUACCAUCUCUUGGCUCACACCACACUCACCCUGGCAGCAGUGCAAGAUGGAUUCCGCACACAUGACCUCACCCUUGCCAGUCAUGAGGAGAACCCUGCCUGGCUGCCCCUUUAUGGUAGCGUGUGUUGCCGCCUGGCAGCUCAGCCUCUCUGCAUGACUCAGCCCACUGCAAGUGGUACCCUCAGGGUGCAGCAAGCUGUGGAGAUGCAGAACUGGGUACGAGUACAUGGAGUUCUGAAAGGCACAAACCUCUUCUGUUACCGGCGACCUGAGGAUGCUGACACUGGGGAAGAGCCACUGCUUACUAUUGCCAUCAACAAGGAAACUCGAGUCCGGGCAGGGGAGCUGGACCAGGCUCCAGGAAGGCCCUUCACCCUAAGUAUCAGUAACCAAUAUGGGGAUGACGAGGUGACACACACCCUUCAGACAGAAAGUCGGGAAGCCCUGCAGAGCUGGAUGGAGGCUCUGUGGCAGCUUUUCUUUGACAUGAGCCAGUGGAAGCAGUGCUGUGAUGAAAUCAUGAAAAUUGAAACUCCUGCUCCCCGGAAACCACCCCAAGCACUGGCCAAGCAGGGGUCCUUGUACCAUGAGAUGGCUAUUGAGCCGCUGGAUGACAUCGCAGCGGUGACAGACAUCCUGACCCAGCGGGAGGGCGCAAGGCUGGAGACGCCCCCACCCUGGCUGGCAAUGUUUACAGACCAGCCUGCCCUGCCUCACCCCUGCUCGGCUGCCUCAGUGGCCCCAGCCCCAGCCUGGACCCAACCCCUACCCUGGGGGAGACCCCGAACCUUUUCCCUGGAUGCUGUUCCCCCAGACCACUCCCCUAGGGCUCGCUCGGUUGCCCCCCUCCCACCUCAGCGAUCCCCACGGACCAGAGACCUCUGCAGCAAAGGCCAACCUCGCACUUGGCUCCAGUCACCAGUGUGAUAGAGAAAGGUGCUGGCAUAGGAUCCACCCGGAAGAGAAAAUGACCCAUGCGCAAUUGGACUCUGGAUACGGUGCUGUCUAUAGCAAGUUGGCCAGCCUGGCCUCCUCUUCCUCUGCUGGACUUGGGGUAGGCUGCAGGGGCGGGCAGAAGCCCCUCCUAAAUUGUGGUUCCCAUGGUACCGAGGGACUCAUUCCUGGGGCUGGCUGGGACCUCCCUAAACUCUUCCUGGAAGAAAACUGGAACGACCUCUGCCCUACCUCCCUGCACUAACCAGCUUUGAGGAUGGCACUGAAGAGCCCUUGUGACUCCCACAUCAACCAUUAAAGUUAUUUAACAGCAGCCUUCAUCUGGCUCCUGAGGA